AGGCCGCAUGCGCAGUCGCUAGAGGUUUCCGGUAUGGGUGAGUGCUGCCACGGGCUGAUGGCUGGGACGGCGUGUGCCGUGGGGCCGUUAGCAACUGUGCUGCUCUGUCUGCUGGUCGUGAUGUCCCCGCGCUGUGCAGGCCAGACUGAUCUGAAGAGUCCUCAGGAUAUUCAGGUUUAUGCUGUAAAUGCAAAUUUCACCCUGAGGUGGAACUACACUGGGGAUGGUACCAAUGUGACCUUUUCAGCACAAUACCAGUACUUUGAUGAUGUUCAGACAGAUAAACCAGAAUGGAGGGAAUUAUCUGGUUGUCAGAAUGUCAGUCACACGGAAUGUGACUUUUCUUCAGCAAUAACUGCAUACUAUGAUGUGCAUCACAUGCGCAUAAGGGCUGAAAGAAGGGAAGACAAGUCUCCAUGGUCUAGCAUUUUUGAAAUGAUUCCAUAUGAAAUAGCUCAGAUUGGUCCCCCUGAAGUAGCAUUGCAGUCCAUAAAUGGAGCCAUUAAAAUUAAGGUUUCUCCUCCAGAAGCAAAUCAGGUCCGAAAAAUGUGGCUAAACCCUCUGAUUUUUAAAUAUAAUGUAGUUAUCUGGGAAAAUUCAUCCAAUGUAAGAGAGGUCAGAAAUCAAAAGAUUUUACCUAUGGAUGUAAUAGAUGGUCUUGCUCCAGAGACCACCUAUUGUUUGAAAGUUCAAGCAAGUAUUCUUCUGGACUAUCGAGAAGGCCUGUUCAGUCCAAUCCAUUGCAUAAAAACCACCCAUAAAGUAAAUGACCUUCUUUGUCCAACGAAUGUGAGAGUUUUUGCUUUGAACAUGCAAUUCUAUCUGCUUUGGGAUAAUCACUAUAAAGAACAUGUGAACUAUACCGUACAGUAUCUCAUUGGGUACCUAAAGAACCUUUAUGAUGAUUAUUCCUCGAAGUGGCGGAAGGUAUCAGGAUGUGAGGACAUCACUGACAUGAAAUGCAAUUUGUCGUCUGUCAUCGAGCCUACUUCAGGAUCUCAUUACUUCCGUGUGCAGGCCAUGAAUGAACAUAAUAAAUCAUGUUUGUCUAAAGAUAUAAGAGUAGAUCCUCUGGUAACGAAUGAAAUUGGCCCUCCUGAUAUAAAGGUGGACAUCAGUGAUGUUUUGCUCCAUAUCAAGAUUAUUCCUCCAGGAGGACCUAAGAGUGAAAUCAUGAGUGACCUUUACGAUUUAUCUUACCAGAUUCUAUAUUGGAAGAAUUCAUCAGAUAAUGAGGAGGAAGUAAAAAUGAAAGAAACAAAACAGACAAUAGCGGCAGUCUCAGAUCUGACACCCUCAACUUUGUACUGUGUGAAAGUACAAGCGUUCUCAGUAGCUUACAACAAAAGCAGUGAUUUCAGCAAAGAGGAAUGCAUCGAAACACCUGGAGGUAAAAGCUUACCUCUGAUCAUUUUAGCAACAUUUGUAGCUGCGCUGAUUGUUGUCUUGAUUGUGGCAUUGCUGGUUAUUUUUUUCCUGUAUCAAGCCUACAAUAAAAUCAAGUACAUGUUCUUUCCUUCAUGCCGGACUCCUCUGAACAUAGAGGGCUUUGGAGGACAGCUCUUUAGCAGUCCGUUUGUGCCUGCUGCAGAAGAACCAGUAGAAAUUUGUUACAUAAUUGAAAGUAGCAUCGCAGAAGAAGUAAAUCAAAAUGAUUUUAAAGGCAACAGACAUUUCAAACAGAGCAGUCGGGAUUCGGGGAAUUACUCUUACGAUGAUAAUACCUCACAGAGCAAAGGAUCAGAAGAAGCACUAGGAAAGGACAUACUAUAACUUCUAUGGAAAUAAAAUUCAAAGAUGGGACUUGUAGUAUAAUAAACACUUGAACUUUUUUUAGUUAUGAAAGUCUUCGGCCUAAUGAAGACUGUAUGACUUUGGGAUCCUUGUUCUGAAGUUUUCAAAUCUGCACUUUGUUACUGGAAAAUUAAAUACCUUCUCUGCUGCCAGCUGACUGCAGUUAAAGCAUGAUGGAGUUCUGGUAGCUUACGCCAUUUUGACUGAAUGGUCAUCUGAUGAUAAAAGGAAUACUAUCCAAAUACAGAGAAGAGAUCUGUAUGCUUCAUAUACUUGAACCUAUAACCUUGAUGAAAGCCUACUGUGUUGCACAAGAAGGAUUUCUCUCUUACAGGUUUAUUUUGUGUGCCAAUGUGUACUUUGACAGAGUCCUUAGAUUAUCUUUAUGCAGGCAAAAGAAAAUCGAUGCCAAAUACCAUUUCAAAUACUUCUCUGGCAUCUUCCAGCUGCUUGGAGACAGUGUUUUUUGAGUCAGUAAGUCCAGAGCAAAGUAUGCUCUGGAAAGUAUCCAGAGCAAAGAAGACAACAGCCUCAACGAGGCAAAUCCUCUGAGCAUCCCUUUAAAAUUCCUUAUAGCCGUGGCUGCCAGGUGCUCCCAGUGCUCACUUCCAUGUGUGUGAAGCUGUGUAUUGGGGUGCUCUUCUCCCAUAGCACUGGUUAACAUGGGCAAGUACCAAGUGGGGAGAAGGCACUCCACUGUGGAAAAUAAAAAAAAGUCACAGUGGAAGCACUUUGCAAAUAGAGGUAUGGUCAAAUUGCAUUGUGCUGCGUUUAGAAUGGCAGCCAAUGAAUACAUAAAAUAACCGAAUAAUACUUUGAAAAAUACUUCAACAAUUACUUUGAUGAUAAGGCAUAUUAAGAUGAAUAUCUGUUCUUUUUUUUUUUUUUUUUCUUCUCUCACCAGAAGGUUACAACUCUUGUAACUGAAUGAGAUUUGUGAAUGUGAAACUUUAUUCUGUAUGUACAAAUAUCCAAGUUGUAUUUAGAAAAUGCCUUCUAACAGCAUGGCAAGGACACUGUCCUUCACAGCUUUUCCAACUCAGCCUUUUCUUUCCAACAGCCAACUCUUUGUACUAAUUGUACAGAUGCUGCAGUUAUAUUUGUCUGCAUACCACUUUCUUCUGUCAAAGUAUUUUUAUUUUUUAUAGAUUAUUUUUUACGACAGAAUUGACUUAGAAUAAACUAGGUUUGAGUUACACGUGGGCCAUUGUGUAUUACAGCAAGCAACUGCUGGUGUUUUUGUAUCUUUUUUUAUCUCAAAAAUGUGUUCUAAUUUUAUAAAUGUCAUGUUCCGGUGUUCAUUGAAGAACUUAAUAAAUUUUGCACAUUUACUACUUUAA